AUGGACUACGACGCGUACGUGCCGGACUCGAGCCGUUGGGCCAAGAGCGGCCUGGCGUACAGGGUGCUCGGGCACGACGCCGCGACGUACUACCAGUACGCCAUCUACGUUGCCGAGGGUCUUGGUAAGAAUUCUUUCAACGCCCUGAGAGGCAUCAAGGACUGGAGGACCGACGACCAGAACGGCGAGCAGAACGACCUCCCGGCGCUGAGCAAGGGCAAGCUCAAGGAUUUCUUCUACAUUCGCAACCUGUAUGGCAACAUCGAGGAUGUCUUCAAUCGGCCGGUGUACUCCUCUCCCGAGGACUGGAUCGACGUGGCGAUCCGCGAGCCCGAGUCUGAACGAGGAUACUUCAGCAAGCUCGUCACCACGCCGCAGUCGAGGCGAUGCCUCAACCUGGGAUCGUACAACUACCUUGGGUUUGGAGGGCUCAACACGCACUGUACGCCGCUGGUGGCAAAAUCCGUGAUGGAUUACCCGGUGACGUCCGCCGGCAGUGCCGCGGAGCUGGGUUACAACCCGUUGAUCAAGGAGGUCGAGGAGACGACGGCCAAGUACGUGGGUAAGGAGGCUGCCGUCGUCGUUGGGAUGGGCUUCGCGACAAACUCCACGGUCAUCCCGGCGAUCUGCGGUAAAGGCGACCUCAUCGUCUCCGACGCGCUAAACCAUAACUCGAUCGUGGAGGGCGCGAGGUUAAGCGGCGCCAAGGUGAGGGCGUUCAAGCACAACUGCGUCGGCGACCUGGAGCUCAUCCUCCAAGACGCCGUGGCGGGCAAGCAGAGGUACAACAAGAUACUGGUUAUCAUCGAGGGCAUCUACUCCAUGGAGGGUGAGCUGUGCUGCCUUCCGGAGAUUGUCGAGGUUUGCAAGCUCUACGGCGCCUACGUCUGGCUCGACGAGGCGCACUCGAUCGGUGCCGUGGGGCCCACCGGCAGGGGCGUGUGCGAGGAGCUCGGCGUGGACCCAAAGGACGUGGACAUCAUGAUGGGGACCUUCACCAAGUCAUUCGGCGCCGCGGGUGGAUACGUCGCGUCUGAUUACGAAACCGUCGCGAGGAUCCGGCAAUACGCGGCGGGUUGCACGGACGCGUGCUCCAUGCCCCCGGCGGUGUGCACCCAGAUCCUCUCGUCCCUACGGGUCAUCUCCGGGGAGGACGGCACGGACAUCGGCGCCAAGAAGCUCAGGCAGCUCCGCGAAAACUCCAAGUUUUUCCGCGAGGGGCUGGAGGCGCUCGGUCUGGAGGUGCUCGGUCACCACCCGUCGCCCGUCAUGCCGGUGAUGCUCUACCAGCCGUACAAGAUCGGGGACUUCUCCAGGUUGGCGUUCAACCGCAAGCUCGCCGUCGUCGUCGUCGGCGCCCCGGCCACGCCCGUCAACUACCCCCGCAUUCGCUUCUGCGUCUCGGCGGCUCACUCGCGCGAAGAUCUCGCCGACGCCCUCGCCGCGAUUAGCGACAUCGCGGAUGAACUGUCCAUCAAGUUUAAGGUUGCCCCGCCCAACGCGUGGUGUCCCGGCAGCAUCCACGACAAGGAGGAGAAGGAGAAGCAGCUCAGCAUCAAGCGCGUGGCCAAGGCGAGGGCGGCGAGGUCCGCCGCGCUUGACUCGGCGUCAAAGUUGGCAUCCGGGACGAACCGGGCGAGGUUCGCGCCGCUUCACUCUGUGGGCCAACCCUUGGGGGACGAUAUCGGCCCGCCCAGGUCCUCUUCGGGGCCCAUCGACGCGUACAAACUGUCGGGGGUCACCGAGAAGCAGCCCAAGUGGAACCAGUACAAGAUCAUGCUCUCCUCCUCGGACGUCCUGGGACUUACCAACGACCCAGUGAUGAAGGAGGCUUGCGCGGCUACGGUGGAGAAACUCGGCCUCGGCUCGUGCUCCCCGCGCGGGUUCUACGGAACCUUCCCGCCGCACAUGGACUUGGAGCGCACCAUCGCGGACUUUCUCGGAGUCCAGGAGGCUGUCCUGUACUCGUACGGCGCGUGCACCGUGUCGUCGGUCAUCCCGGCGUUGGGUCACAGGUCAGACGUCGCCGUGGUUGACCGCGGCGUUGGGUACGGCGUCCUCGCGGGGCUGCGCCUGUCCAAGAUGGACGUGCGCUGGUACAACCACUGCGACGCCGCGGACUGUGCCAGGGUGUUCGCCCAACUCGAGACCGAGGACGGCGUCCACUCCGCGCGGCUCGCCCGCCCCGGCCGCCGACGCUGGCUCAUCACCGAGGGGUGCUUCCAGGGCACCGGCAGGCUCGCGCCCCUCCCCGACCUCGUCGCGCUCAAGGACAAGCACCACGCGCGCAUGAUCAUGGACGAGUCCGUCUCCUUCGGUGCGAUGGGUGAGUCCGGUCGCGGUCUCACGGAGCACUUCGGCGUCAAUCCCAAGAGCAUCGACGUCAUCUCCGCCUCGCUCGAAAACGCCGGAGCCUCCGUCGGCGGUUUUUGCGCCGGGGACACCGGAGUCGUGGCGUACCAGCGCCUCAUGGGCGCCGGGUACGUGUUCAGCGCGUCGCUGCCGCCGUACCUGGCCACCGCCGCGGCUCACGCCAUCCGCCGCGUGUCCGCGGAGCCCAGGCUCGUGGAGAGGGCGCAGGCUUCGGCGGCUGCGCUUCGAGACGCGGCGCUCUCCGGCCGAGUCCCGGGAUUUACCACCGACGCCGACGCCGGAUCGCCGAUUGUUCCCCUGCGACUGGCGGUGGGGGCAUCCGUCGCGGACGAGAACGCGUUGCUCGCGGACGUCGCCGCGCGCGCCAGACGGCGGGGGAUCGGCGUGUGCGUCGCGCGCGUCAACCCCCUCGUGCCGCCGGAUAACGCGCCGCCCAGGGCGCUUCGAUGCUUUGGCUCGGCGGCGCACUCCCGGGAAGAUCUCGCCGCCGCGUUCCAGGUUCUCGCGGAGGAGUCCGCGAAGGUUUUGCCGUCGCACGCGCUCAGCGCGGGCGUUGACGCGUCUCCGGGCGCCAAGAACAAGGCCAGGCUUGGGGCUGAUCCCGGAUCCAUGGUGAUGAACCCCCCCGGGCAGGUUCCCCCAAAGUCGGGCGGGUACGGCUCGCCGAAAAACGCGCCCGGCGCGAAGAUCAACCUCGACGGCACCAUCUCCCUCAACAAGGAUUCCGUCAGGCGCGACAUCUUCGCCAAGGGCGACGAAGCCAAGGCGAGCGCCGGCAAGCGCAACGGGCUGCACAACAGGUCCGCGUCGUGGUCGGUCAACUCCAUGAACGGCAACUCGGACAACGCUCCGGAGAUGUUCGAGGCUUUGUCCCCCGUCAAGGAGAGCCCGAUGGCGAACGGGUCCGCGAGCAUCGGGGCUCCCAGGCGUAUGUUCAGCGACCACGAUUCGCCUCAGUCGCUGUCCGUGCCGCUGCUCGUGGUGCUCCUCUACUGGCACAACAUCUUCCGCCGGUACAUCCUCAACCAGAUUGACAUCACCACGCACAUGGUGCCCAGGUGGCUGGCUCGAAUCGGGCUCCACCCGACCGAGUCCCGCGGACCCGUGCGGUUCUUCUACUGCGCCGCGGGGUACAUCGGAUCGCGAAACUUCCACUCGAUGGCCCUGCCGCUGCUGGUGUGGACCUACGACUGCGGUUUCACCAGGUUGGUCAUGGUGUUUUACUGCAUGACCUCCGGGGUGGGCUGCCUCCUCAAGGGUGCUCUGGCGACCAACACCAGCUCAUCCAGGCCGGCGAACUCCUCCCUCGGCUCGCUCAUGCCCCACCGCGUGCACGCGUGGCCAUCCGUCGCCGGCUGCAACGCCACCGCGCUGCCCUUCCUCAUCCUCCGAUGGAGGCACGGCGACGUGUGGCUCUGGGACAUGGAGGAGCCCAAGGCUGUCGCUCGCGAAUACGCCGCCGCGUUUGCGUACAUGUUUGCAAUCUCGCUGGCCCGCAUGGGCAACGGGGACUCCCCCGCGAACGUGCAGGGUGGCGUGGUCGUCGGCGCGAUCAUGCUGAGGGUGCUGCUGCCGCACAUCGACUGGUGCAUCGGGGGUCUCGAGGCGAGCACCGUCUUCACCGCGCAGGGUUUCGCGCUCGUGGGCAUGGUGCUCGCCGCGAUUCUCCUCUUUCCCAUGCCACUCAACGCCCGCGGCGAGAUUCUGUACGCGUCGAGCACGUGCUACAGGCGCAUGUGGAGGACCUUCUUCUACAUGCUGUUCUUCGCCGCGGGCAGCGUGUGGCGCGAGGGCCCGGCGACGCGGGCGACUGAGCUGCCGACGACCCCCGCCGGGUGGGCCGGGGUGUUGGCCGCCAAGUUUUUCGUCGGUCACGUCAUCUCGCAGUUUAGCGUGUGGGCCAUCUCGUACGUGGCGCAGCUUUUCGUGGAGUGCUGGCUCAGGGCGUAUGUCAAGUACUUCAAACCCUGGUCCGUGGGUGAGCACAGGCGGGGUAAGGAGGGCGGCGAGGAGGAGGGGGAGUCGAAGACGUACGGUACGACGCACAUGCGCCUCGUCGCCAUCACCGUCGUGGAGCUCGCGCAGGACAUCACCGGCGCGCUGGUGACGGCGCACGGGGUGCCGAGGUUGUUCGACACCCUGCGACCGUACACGUCGCUGCGAAUCUAA